AUGGGUGAGGCAUCUUAUGUCAUUGGCAUUAAGAUCCAUAGAGAUAGAUCCCGAGACAUUUUGGGUUUAUCUCAAGAGACCUAUAUUAACAAGGUUUACACUAGACCUGGCAUUGCAUAUGCUGUUGGAGUAUUGGGAAGAUAUCAGAGCAAUCCAUGUCCUGAUCACUGGAAAGCUGCAAAGUUGAGAUAUGUUCAGGGUACUAAGGACUACAUGCUUAUGUAUAGAUGGAUUGAUAAUCUCCAAGUAGUUGGUUAUUCUGAGUCCUAUUACGGUGGCUGCAUUGACUCAAGAAAAUCUACCUCUGGAUAUGUGUUUAUGUUAGCCCAUGGUGUCGUCUCUUGGAGGAGUGCAAAACAUACCUUAACUGCUACUUCAACUAUGGAGGCUGAGUUCGUCUCUUGUUUUGAGGCUACUUCACAUGGUAUAUGGAUGAAAAGUUUCAAAUCUGGACUUGGAGUCGUUGACUCUAUCUGUUGGCCGAUAAUGAUGUUUUGUGAUAAUUCAACGGCUGUUUUUAUGGCUAAGAACAAUAAGAGGGGAAGUCGAAAUAAGCACAUCGACAUUAAGUUUCGAGCCAUAAAAGAACGUGUUCAAAAAAAGAAAGUGAUCAUAGAACAUAUAGCACUGGAUUAA